AUGCUCACAAUGUAUUCCGGUUCCAAGCUAGCAGAGCUCCCGCCUGGAGUUUCUGCCUCGCCGUCUCCCCAGCUGCGACACAGAGGCACAUCGACCCAAUCCGUCCCUACCAUCGAAGCCACACACACAUGCGACUCCCGCGAAGAGAGGCGGCGCGUGCACCAUGAAGCUGAUGUCGUCAUCAUUGGCGCAGGCAUCGUGGGGUGCGCAGCUGCUGUCGCAUUCGGCAAGCAGGGCCGAAGCGUCAUACUGCUGGAGAAGAGCUUGAAGGAGCCGGACAGGAUUGUAGGAGAGCUGCUACAGCCGGGUGGUGUCAAUGCUCUGGAGAAGCUGGGCAUGAGGGAUUGCCUCGACGACAUCGAUGCGAUACCCUGCCACGGCUACCAGAUCUUCUACGGCAAAGAGGAGGUCCACAUCCCCUACCCCGACAACCUCAUCACCUCCGGGCCCUCGAGAGCACCCGAAGGACGCUCCUUCCACCACGGCCGCUUCAUCUCCAAACUGCGAGCAAAGGCCCAGUCCACACCCAACGUCACCGUCGUCGAGACCACCGUCACAUCCGUCGUCAAGAGCGACUACACCGGCCAAGUCGUCGGCGUGUCAUGUCAAACCGCCGGGGAGCAAGACUACUACUUUGGCGCCGUGACCCUCGUAGCCGACGGCUACGCCUCCAAGUUCCGCAAAGAAUAUAUCCCCAACCAACCCCAAGUGCGCAGCAAAUUCUGGGGUCUCGAAAUGAUCGACGCCGAGCUGCCCAUGCCCAACCACGGCCACGUCAUCCUCGCCGACGCACCCCCCAUCCUCAUCUACCAAAUCGGCACACACGAGACGCGCAUUCUUGUCGACAUACCCGAACACCUGCCGUCGGCGAGCCCCAAGAACGGCGGUGUCAAGAACCACAUGCUCAAUGUCGCGCUGCCCCAACUUCCCGCCUGCGUCCAGCCCGCGUUCCGCAAAGCAAUCGAAGCGGGUAAACUACGCUCCAUGCCCAAUAGCUUCCUACCCCCUACGACGCAAAAACAAGCCGGCCUCAUCUUCCUCGGCGAUUCAAUGAACAUGCGCCAUCCCCUGACCGGCGGCGGCAUGACAGUCGCGUUCAACGACGUCGUCCUACUCUCCAACCUUCUCUCCCCCGUCAACGUACCCACACUCGAAGACACCUCUGCCGUCCUCGCCGCCAUGUCGACCUUCCACUGGAAGCGCAAGGACGGGUCAUCCGUCAUCAACAUCCUGGCCAUGGCGCUGUACAGCCUCUUCGCCGCCAACAACCAGUACCUCGAGCUGAUCAAGAAGGGCUGUUUCAAGUACUUCCUGCGCGGCGGAAAGAGCGUCAGUGAACCCUGUGGCAUGCUUGCGGGAUUGAUCACGCGCCCUUGGAUGCUUGUCUACCACUUCUUCUACGUUGCAUUUUACGCGAUUUACGUAAGAUUGCAGGAGGUGCCUAUUUGGAAGACGCCGUACACGAUUGUUGUUGAGAGUGCGAUGGUGGUCUGGACUGCUAUUUGCGUCAUUGGCCCGUACCUUGUUGCAGAGGUGAAGAGGUAG